UUGAAUGAGUUUCAAUUAAAUGGUUCGUUGGUAACACUCGUAUUGAAUUGCGUUAUUCGCCUUAUUUGGUGAAGAGAAAAGGUGUGCGUGUGAGGGUGUGCAAUCUUUUGUAUGCCUGCUCGAGAUGUUAAGGAGGAGUCCAGUUAUGCUACAGUAUGCCCCUGCGCAAUUGGAAGGCAGAUACUUCGUGACUAGGUGCCUUCGCUCGUUACCCAGUUUCGUAUUUUAUAGUUUAGCCACUUUUACCGUCAUGAAAAUGUGUUCUUAAUUCUGAGAGAUAUGAGACAGUCGAUUUUUAAGGAAACCUGGCGAAUCGAACAAGGAUCGUGAACUACUCCGCUUGAUACUAGAGACCAGCAUUGUUUAUUCGGUUAUUGCACUCCAUUGUCAAGGUGUUUUAGCCAGUUCCCGAGAGAAGAUGUCAAACUCAUCAAAGGAUGCGCGCACGACCGAGAAACCCGCAGCACUCACUCUGCAGGCAUAUCUGGAGGAAUGCAUGGAGGCUGUAGACCUCUUUCUCAACAAUCACUUUGCUGAGAGCCUGGACAUGCUCCAGCCAAGGGUGAAGGACAGCAUGUACCACGCUCUCAUCUACGCCACUGUGCUGGAGAUGCAGGCCAUGAUGACCUUUGAGCACGAUGACAUCAUCAGCGCUGGGAGCACAAUGAAGAGUGCCCAGGAAGUCUGCCACAGGUUCAGGAAGAAGCCAGCUUUGGGUGGUCCUGUCACCAACUUUAGCAGGUCAUCUGGCCAUAGGCUGACUGAAGAAGAGCUCCACGCAGAGUUGUGUUAUGCGGAGUGCUUGCUCCAGAGAGCUGCUCUAACAUUUCUACAGGAUGAGAGCCUGGUGAGUUUUAUCAAAGGAGGGAUCAAGGUGCGCAACAGUUACCUGAUCUACAAGGAGCUCAAUGCCUUCAUUCACUCAGACACUUUCCGCAAAGGACCAAACCACUUGCACUUAGAAGGAGGGGUGUCCCUUGGGAUAGGAGCCUUCAAUCUGACUCUGUCCAUGUUUCCUGCACGGAUUCUCAAGCUGUUGGAGUUUGCUGGUUUCUCUGGGGACAAGGAGUACGGUCUCUCUCAGCUGUAUGAAGGCGCCACCUCUCUGAACCUGCGCUCCAUGCUGUGUGCCCUGCUGCUGCUCUGCCACUACACCUUCCUCUCCUUCAUCCUGGGCACAGGAGAGGGGGAUGUCACAGAGGCAGAGAGGUUGCUGAAGCCCUUCCGGGUUCGAUACCCACGUGGUGCCAUAUUUCUGUUCUUUGCUGGGAGAGCUGAGGAGAUCAAAGGGAACAUUGAUGAAGCGGUGACACUGUUCGAGGACGGCUGUAAGGCCCAGCAGGCUUGGAAGCAGUUCCACCACAUGUGCUACUGGGAGCUGAUGUGGUGCUACACGUUCAAGCGCGACUGGAAGAUGGCCUACUUUUACGCUGACCUGCUGAGUCAAGAGAGCCGCUGGUCCAAGGCCAUGUACGUGUACAUGAAAGCUGCCUACCUCAGCAUGCUGCCUGCAGAGGAAGCCAGGCCCUUUGGGGAAAAUGAAGUGGAUCUCUUUAGGCAGGUGCCCUCCCUCAAACAGAAGAUAGCAGGGAAGUCUCCGCCCACAGAGAAGUUUGCCGUGCGCAAAGCCAGACGCUACAGAGCCAGCUGCCCGGUGAAGCUCCCGGUCCCCGCUCUGGAGAUGAUGUACAUGUGGAACGGCUUCACCAUGAUGCGGCGGAAGCCAGAGCUGACCCAGGGCAUGAUGGACACGCUGGAGGAGGCAGAGCGCUCCCAGCAGGACACUCCACUGAGCGAGUACACGGUGGAUGACCGCUGCGUCAUUCUGCUGCUGAAGGGGCUGUGUCUGAAGAACCAGGGCAGGACCGAGGCAGCGGAGGACUGCUUCAACAGGGUGCACAUGAGCGAGAAGAAGAUUAAGUUUGACCACUACCUGGUGCCCAAUGCCCUGCUGGAGCUGGGGAUGCUGUACACACACCUGGGGCACAAAGAGCAGGCCCUCAAACUGCUGCAGAAAGCCAAACACAAUUACAAGCACUACUCCAUGGAGUCUCGCACUAUGUUCAGAAUUCACGCUGCCCUGUCCAAGCUGAAGGCCCCCUGCAGUGAGGAGGAUGAAUACACGGAGAUGUAGCACAACAGCACUUCCCUCAGGAACAGGACCCAGCCCUGCCCCCUCUGACCUCUGACCCCCAGGAGACGCGCUGCUGUUGAGCCUCUGCUGCUCUCCCUCUCAGGCAGGGCUCAGAAUGUCCUCCUGCACAGUGUGAGCGGCUCCUCUAAGGCUCAUCUUAAACUGCGGCCAUUUCCCUCCCACCCCCGCUGGACCUGAUUCAAAGCCCCUCCUCUGGCCCUUUCCGCCGGUCAGGGGACAGAAACACCAGCGCCAAGCUGCGCUUUAAGCCAGGACUGAGCAAAACCUUCAGCUCAAUACAUUCAUUUGCAUAUAUUUAUUUGAUGAGGACAUGCAGGAAGUCACUGUGUAACUCACGGGCAGCCUGUAGCCUAGUGGCUAAGGUGCUUGACUAGGACCUGGAAGCUUGGUGGUUCAAGUGUAGCCAUAGUAAGAUCAGUGCAGCAGUUGGGCCCUUGAGCAAGGCCCUUAACCCGACAUUGCUCCAGGGGGAAUUUGCUCCUUCUUAGUCUAAUCAAAUGCUAGUCGCUUUGGAUAAAGGCGUCAGCUAAAUAACACAGGCCUCUGUGGGCACAGCUUCAGACCCGGGCUGUAACAGCAGAACUAAUCCAGCUUUCGUCUGGAUGCCAGUGGUUGGUGUUACACUCUUUAGUAUGCUUGUUUGCACUUCAGAUAUCGGCUGCAGUUCUUGUGUUUUAAUUUCUCUGUGUGCUUUGUCAUGAACAAUCAGUACUUACAUCCAUAUCCUGGCCAGCCCACAUUUUCUUGUUUAAAGUUUAAUCAUAUUGACUGAAUCAUAUUUCCUUCCCGUGUCAAUUUCUGAAUAUCAUGAUUGCAGGGCAGACAUUGUGCAAUGCGUUUUAUUAAGAAUGUAGAUUCUUAUACAGCACGGUGUUUAGCUGUAAAAGUGACUGGAACAGACGUGAUCUCAGUGACACUGUUUACUGUCAAAACAGUUCUGUUCCAACCGCAGAAAUCAUUGUAGUGUGUGGCACUUUAAUGAUAGCUUCAUUAAAUGUUAUGUCUGAAAAGCACUUGAAUGUCAGAGGCCCCCAGGAGAUUUUGAGAAGCACCACACAGAGGUCGCUGUGUCUUCAGCCAGUUUCACAAUUAAAGCAUUUUAAAGAGCACAUUGCCACCCAGGCAUCACAUGGAUAACUGGGCUUCUAUAGAAAUGACUCACUUGGUAUAGCUACGUUGUGAUGUCAUUCCCAAUGACUCUUGGCAAAUCAUAGAAUCAGCUGUGUAAACCAACUGUGUAUAUUUUUCUGAGAGAAUCAGAGCUUUUACACACAUAAAUAUUGUCUUUAGCAAUGACUCGCACUGAACUUAUCCAACUGUCCUGGAAGGAAUAAAAGUGAUUGUAUUUAACCUCAA